UCUUAAAGAUCAAGAAAUUUUAACUGUGGACAUCAGAUUUGGUGGAACAGCAAUCAUGACUGUGGGCAAGAGUAGCAAGAUGCUGCAGCACAUUGACUAUAGAAUGAGAUGUAUCCUGCAAGAUGGCCGAAUCUUCAUUGGUACCUUUAAGGCUUUUGACAAGCAUAUGAAUUUGAUCCUCUGUGAUUGUGAUGAGUUCAGGAAGAUCAAGCCAAAGAAUGCAAAGCAGCCAGAGCGUGAAGAAAAGCGGGUUUUGGGUCUGGUGUUGCUGCGUGGGGAGAAUUUGGUAUCCAUGACUGUGGAGGGGCCACCCCCCAAAGAUACUGGCAUUGCUCGGGUACCACUUGCUGGAGCUGCAGGAGGCCCUGGAGUUGGUAGGGCAGCUGGCAGAGGAGUACCAGCUGGUGUACCAAUUCCACAGGCUCCUGCUGGAUUAGCAGGCCCGGUCCGAGGAGUAGGGGGACCAUCCCAGCAGGUAAUGACUCCACAGGGAAGAGGCACUGUAGCAGCUGCUGCCGUUGCUGCUACUGCCAGCAUUGCUGGAGCCCCAACCCAGUACCCACCAGGACGAGGGACCCCACCCCCACCUGUAGGCAGAGCAACACCACCUCCAGGCAUUAUGGCUCCUCCACCUGGUAUGAGACCACCCAUGGGCCCACCAAUUGGGCUUCCCCCUGCUCGAGGGACGCCAAUAGGUAUGCCCCCUCCAGGAAUGAGACCCCCUCCACCAGGAAUUAGAGGUCCACCUCCCCCAGGAAUGCGUCCACCUAGACCCUAGGAUACUGAUACUGUUCAUCUCAGUCACCUUUUUCCCUGCAAUGUGUCUUGUGAAAUUGUGUAGUGUGUUUGUGAGCUUUCUGUCCCCUUUUUGCAUUAAUAAUAGCUAAUAAUAAAUGCAUAGAGCAAUUAAACUGUGA